GCCUAUUCAUAUCCAUAUCAUUGUUUCAUUAAUUCAAACAUUUCCUACUCACAUAAUAUUGUUACAUCUCCCUUGCCGGCCUUGAUCAAAUCAUCCUGUAAUUAUGUAAUAGUCAGCAUCAAAUCAGCUCGACCACCAUGCUACAACGCUUUAGUUCAAACGCAGUUUCUUUCCCUUAUAAGAACAAGUUGGGGAUUGUCUCGCAGCUAGGUCGACUUUUGAUUCUCUACCGUACGAGAAAAAAGGAUAUUAAUUAGAACGAAAAAAGAAAAGACAAGAAAAAGAAUCUUUUUGACGCAGUCCUCUCAACAAGAACAGAGAAUUAUGAAGUAUAAGGAGAUUACGCAUCUGAGCCACCCACACGUUUUGGUUCUUGAAUCUGCCGAAGAACCCUACCAGUGCGACGGAUGCAAAGAAGUGGGGUUUGGGCCAUGUUUCAAGUGUGAAACUUGCAAUUUCAAUCUUCACGAGGAGUGUGCCAUGCCUGAACCCUCCGCUUUCCAUCACUUUUUCAGGAAGUGCGACUUCAGAUUCUACGAAAACGCGCCAGGAUAUAGGGCUAGAUAUUGCGAUGCUUGUGGGAAAGAUGUGCGAGGGUUUGUGUACCAAUGCUUGCACGAGAAGGCACAUGACCUACACCCGUGUUGCAUGAAGCUUCAACGUACCUUAAUUGGUGACGGGGUGAAACUACACCUCAGCGACAAGGUCUCAACCAGGUGCCUAAAAUGUGGAAGCAAGGAAAUAUCCAAGGGUUUCAGGGGAUGGUCCUAUGAAUCGAGUUGUGGGCAAUAUUGCUACCAUGUGGCGUGUGUGAAGAACUUGGUUCUUGAGAAUUGGCGUAGGGGUUAUUUUGAUCAUGGACAUAACACGAUGGCGCUGCAGAUUAUGGCUCCAAACGAGGAUAAUAUUGUACAACAGACGGGAGGAAGCUCAUCAGGCAGAAGGAAGGCUAGUAAGUAUUGGAGGAUGGCAAAAGUGGCUCUCACGCUCAUUAUUUCAGCCAUCUUUGGGGAUCCAACUACCGCGGUUGCUACUCUUAUCGCGUCGUUGCUUUCAAGCUAGCUGAUGUAUUUUAUUACAGCUUGUACAGGAUGGGAAGUUUUUGUGUAUAUAUAUGUGUGCAUACUUUUUUUUUUUUUUUCUUUAAAUGGAUGAAGAAGUACUGUUUGUGUGAUAAAUUAUGUUCCUUGAUCCAAUAAAGAUUGCAUCACCUUGUAUUU